AUGGAGCUUUUUGAAAAUGCUUCAAUUUCUAAAGGACUGCAGGAUCAGACCGUCUCUCUGGGCGCCACAGUGCAAUUCACUUGUGAGGUGCACGGGAACCCAACUCCAAACCGUACCUGGUUCCAUAAUGCGCAGCCUGUUCAUCCUUCCCCACGACAUCUCACUGCAGGAAACGGACUGAAAAUCAGUGGUGUGACCAUGGAAGAUUCGGGACUGUAUCAGUGUGUAGCAGAUAAUGGGAUUGGAUUCAUACAGUCUACUGGGAGACUUGAAAUUGAAAAAGGCAGUGGACUCAAGCCAGUUAUAAUUACAGCACCAGCAAGUGCACAGGUGGUAGAUGGAGACUUUGUUACUUUGUCCUGCAAUGCCACUGGAGUGCCAAUCCCUGUCAUGCGUUGGUACGACAGGCAUGGGUUGAUAACCAGCCAUCCGUCUCAAGUGCUUAGAUCUAAAUCCCGGAAAUUCCACUUACGACCUGGGGGCUUUGACCUGGAGCCUGUCUACCUCAUCAUGUCCCGAGCUGGCUCAAGCUCUCUGUACAUUCAGGCUGUCACUCAGGAACAUGCUGGAAAAUACACCUGCGAAGCUACAAAUGAACAUGGCACCACGCAGUCGGAGGCAAUCCUCACAGUGGUUCCAGAGGCACCUGACCGGCCUACCAUCUCCACGGCAUCAGAGACCUCCGUCUAUGUCACUUGGAUUCCUCGGGCCAAUGGGGGUUCUCCAAUCACUGCCUUCAAGGUCGAAUACAAACGGAUGAGGACCAGUGAUUGGCUGGUGGCAGCUGAAGAUAUCCCUCCUUCCAAACUUUCUGUGGAAGUUCGUAGCUUAGAGCCAGGUUCAACGUACAAGUUUAGGGUCAUUGCCAUCAACCAUUAUGGUGAGAGUUUCCGGAGUUCGGCGUCUCGUCCUUAUCAGGUGGCUGGGUUUCCCAAUCGUUUUUCUAACCGUCCCAUCACCGGGCCUCACAUCGCCUACACCGAAGCUGUCAGUGAUACUCAGAUCAUGCUGAAGUGGACGUACAUUCCAUCAAGUAACAAUAAUACUCCCAUUCAAGGAUUUUAUAUCUACUACCGGCCAACAGAUAGUGAUAAUGACAGUGAUUACAAGAGGGAUGUGGUAGAAGGUUCAAAGCAGUGGCACAUGAUUGGCCAUCUGCAGCCAGAAACCUCCUACGAUAUUAAAAUGCAGUGCUUCAACGAAGGGGGAGAAAGCGAGUUUAGCAAUGUGAUGAUCUGCGAAACUAAAGUAAAACGCCUUCCUGGAGCUUCUGAGUAUCCUGUCAAAGACUUGAGUACCCCUCCAAAUUCUUCGGGAAGUGGACGAAACGUUGGGCCUGCAACCAGCCCCACCAGAAGCAGCGACAUGUUGUAUCUGAUAGUUGGCUGCGUGCUAGGUGUGAUGGUCCUCAUUCUCAUGGUUUUCAUUGCGAUGUGCCUCUGGAAGAACCGUCAGCAAAACACCAUACAGAAAUAUGACCCUCCAGGAUAUCUCUGCCAGGGGUCAGAUAUUAAUGGGCAGAUGGUGGAAUACACUACUCUGCCUGGCACAAAUCGGAUAAAUGGGAAUGUUCAUGGAAGCUUCAUAAGCAAUGGAGGUCUCAGCAAUGGCUGCUCCCAUCUUCACCAUAAAAUCCCUAAUGGAGUCAAUGGAAUAAUGAAUGGGAGCUUAAACGGAGGGCUUUACUCGGGGCAUACAAGCUCACUAACCAGGACACAUCUGGAUUUUGAACAUCCCCGUCACCUAGUAAAUGUGCAAUUGCCAGAUUUUUUACGUUGGCAACUGAUUGCAAUUCUUGAAAGCAUUGCGGAGGCCACGUGGAACCUGUCUGCAGGCCACCAGAUUGUGACUUCCAACCUAUAG